UAGAUCUUUGAAUGUAACUUCAAUCUUUGCACGCGAUUGAAAUGUCUUCAGCCAAGUCAGCUGUCAGGAAGAAGGAGGCGCCUCGAAAUCUCUCCAGUGACCAGUUAAAUGAAAUACAGGAGGCUUUUGAGCUUUUUGAUUCGGACAAAGAUGGAUCGAUAAAUUACCACGAAUUUAAGGUAGCCAUGAGUGCGUUGGGAUUCAUGAAGACCAAAUCUGAGACACAACAGAUCAUGCAGAAGUACGACAAAGAAGCCACAGAUGUGAUCUCAUUGGAGACGUUCACCGAGAUUAUGAAGGAGUUGAUUCUAGCUCAGGACCCCAAAGAGGAGGUCCUGAAGGCCUUCCAGCUGUUCGACUCAGAUGAAACGGGCAAGAUCUCCUUCAAAAAUUUGAAGCAGGUAGCUAGGGAGCUAGGAGAUGAAAUCAGUGAAGACGAGUUGAGAGCCAUGAUUGCCGAGUUUGACAAGGACCACGACGGGGAGAUCUCACAGCAGGAGUUUCUAGACAUCAUCAUGGGAAGCACCAACGACAUUUGAAUGGACAGUUGAUGGAAGUAGUAAAUAGUCAAUAAGCCAACCUUAAGCAUCAGCGAGAUUAAGAUAACACGUUCAUUUAUCAUAGUUUUU